AUGUUUUAUCAUCGUUCUGUUGUGGAGGGUCGGGGUAAUACUCUGUGCACGGAGACAGAAUGCACAGCUGGACUCCAAGAGCAGUCCACAGAAACAUCUUCUCGGCAAAAAUUCGACGGAGACAGAGAUAGGAUGGGUCUCGGAGGCCAAAGAUUGGGCCGGCGAGCUGAUUUCUGGUCAAACGAUGACUGGGAGAAUACUGCAAUUUUGCACNCUUUCCUUUUUGACGUGUUUGAUACAGAAGGCGAAGGCGCCAUAGAUACCAGUGCAGUUAAAGCAAUCCUGAUCGAGGCUCUAGGCGGGGAGGACCACACCUUCAGCGAGGAGUACGUAGACAGCUUGGUCCAGUUACUUAUUGAGGAGGCCGCCAAGGACCUUGAGGAUGAGGAGGACUGCAGACUGGAUUUUGAGGAGUUUGAGGAGCUGAUGAACAAGUUCCCUGCCUUGUCGACGCAUCUGGUCAAAAGUACAACGGGAUGGUUUCGUAACAUCAUAAAAGCCGGGUCAAAGACAACACUACCACGCCCAAAGAAGUCAUCAAGGUCAAGGUCAUGCUGCCCAAACUGCCAGACGACAGAACUGCUGAACCGAUCGCCAAGCGGUGUCGCCAUCUUUCUUUAUUUUUCUGUAUCAGCUGGCCUGAUAGCAGAGAGAGUGCUGCGGUUCUUAGCCAACAAUUCCGAAAUCACUGGGUUCGAUAUUUUGGCGCGCGUUUGUGGCCAACUACUCAACUUUAACUGCAUGCUGGUCGUGGUUCUCAUGCUGCGAGUGACCUUGACCUUGUUAAGGUCAUCCAAGGUCGCAUUCUGGCUGCCUAUAGAUCAACAUAUAGACUUUCACAAGGCAGUGGGGGUUGUCAUAUUGAUCCUUAGCGUACUGCACACUGGUGGACAUAUCGGGAAUUUUAUCAUCGUAGCACCGAGUAUGAACAUCACCGUUGCUGAGGCAUUGUUUACGACCAAAUCUCAGGUGGGGUGGGUGGCCGGCACGGCGUGUCCCACGGGAUGGGCGUUGUUGGUGCUCAUCAUCAUUAUGUUCAUCGGGGCGCAGUCAUUCGUGAGGAGAAGAGGCCAUUUUGAGCUGUUUUACUUCAGUCAUAUUCUCUACGCUCCCACUCUGAUCCUGCUGGUCAUCCACGGCCCCAGCUUCUGGAAAUGGUUUGUGGCCCCGGGCGCCAUCUUUGUCGUGGAGAAGUUGUACCGCUUCAAGUGGAUCAGGCGUCUGGCCUACGGAAGGACGUUCGUACAGGAGGGGAUACUGUUACCGUCGAAAGUAACACAUUUAGUGCUUGACCGGCCCGAGAGUUUUUCCUUCAAUCCGGGAGACUACGUCUUCAUCAAUAUCCCUAAGAUCGCAAAAUUUGAGUGGCACCCAUUCACCAUUAGUAGCGCCCCAGAGUACAGAGGUCAUAUCUGGCUGCAUAUCAGGGCCGUUGGCACGUGGACGACGAAAGUUAAUGAGUAUUUUGACGAGAAGCGGAAGCGCUGGGAAGCCACCAUGCCCACGUUAAAGAGCCGUCGCCUGGCAGUGAGCAAUUUCCAGUUCUCACCCGCAGAACUGAUGAUCCAAGAGCGACGGAUGAGUCAGCAGGUUGACGCCUUUCGGAGCAGUGUUCGCAGUAGAGCCAGCGCAAGCGGAAGUAGUUUGCGGAGCAUGCGCAGCAGGGCAAACACCGGAGGAAGUAGCAUGCGUAGCAUCUCCAGGCGUCUUCAAGGUCAGGACGCGGGGGCUGAGGAAAAUGCCCUUAGUAACCAUUUGCUGGAAAGAGAAAGACGGAUGAACCACUUCAACCAUGUAUCCAAUGGCGGACCAAAUUCAACUUCCGGACAUGCGCACGAAGGGCACAUCAACAUUGCGUUCCAAAUCGAGAACGACGCCGCAGAGAAUGAAAAAGAAUCUCUUCCGAUGGCUGAACGGAAACUUCAGCAAGGUUGUAAUCUCCUCGACGUGUCUAGAAUCGAUGACAUUUUAGAAGAGGAUGAAGACAGUAAAUCGCUGGUAAUGGGCCAAAGUGACUCUCAGGAUAUUUCCACAGUCGAGCCUAAUCUAAAUUCUGAAGAGCCAGAGCUUAGUGAUAACCUCCUUAAGUUGAAUACCGAGAAAAAACAGCACAUAGCCGAUUCAGAUCACCGUGAUGUACCCCCAGAACACAAAUUCGAUAUAGAAAAUAACAAAAAUGGCGACAAUACGGAAGAAACCGCAAAGGUUACCACAGCUAACAGUGGUAAAAAAGACAGUGAAUGCAAAAAUUCAGAAAACUCUCACAUGGACCAUGGUAAUGAAGAUGUUGCAACAAGUGACGAAAGCUACGAGAGAGAAAACUCAGACUCCGGCAAUGUGUCUGAUGACAAAGAAAGCAGGACAUCUAUGGACAAAUAUAAGCCCUCAGAUGGCUCGACUAAAGAGGACAGAUCCGAAAAGAGUGAAAAAUCGGACAAAUCAGAAGAUGAAGAAGAUGACAUCUUACCCCCGGAUUUUAAACCCCCGCCACUGCGGAGACUUGGCACGUCCAACUCCAUGACGGGUCACAACCGAAAUCGACGUAUGACGCUAUGUCAGCGUCGCCUAUCGACGUGGGAAGCAGUGUCGUCGGGUCAAAACUUCGCUAUGACCAAGCAGAAGCCUUUCAUCUAUAAUAUCGACCCCGCGGCUGAUACAACUUUGAAUGAAUUACUGGAGGUGUUUAUUGACGGUCCAUACGGCAGUCCGUCGUCCCACAUAUUCCAGGCAGAGCACGCCGUGUUGGUGGCGGGCGGUAUAGGUGUCACCCCAUUCGCCAGCAUCCUCCAGAGCAUCCUGCUGAGAUAUCAGCGAGAGAAGAACGUGUGUCCUAAAUGUAACCACGCCUGGCUGGACGAGUUGCCUUGCACCCUAUAUAACUUGAAAAAGGUGGACUUUUUCUGGCUAUGCCGGGAUCAGUCGUCCUUUGAGUGGUUCGUCAGUCUUCUGGCUCAGUUAGAAAUGGAACAGGAGGAUCUGGACAACCUGGACGACAGUAUCAUCGAUUUCCACAUUUAUAUGACGGCAGCAAAAACAGACAUGAGGUCAGUCCUGCAGCAAAUAACCUUUGACCUUAAUCACCAAGUCGAGGCUCGUGACGCAAUAACUGGUCUGAGAACCAAGACACAGCCCGGAAGACCAAACUGGGACGAGGAGUUCCAAAAGCUAAAGAACCUGAAGAAAGGCCGAGUGACCAUCUUUUACUGUGGCCCGCCUGGGCUGGCUGUUGUUCUGGGGAAAAAGGCGGCUGAAUACGGGUUUGGAUUCCGCAAAGAGAGUUUCUGAACACGCGCUCAAGGGCUGUGCUCUGUAUAUUAACAAAGACCGCUUAAUGACUUAGAAAUUCUGAACACAAAUGCAUAAUUAUCUUAGGAGGUCCUUAGUCGCAGCACUGGUAUACCUUGGUAUGGCAAAAAAUUAAAAACCUUUAGAUUUAGCACAUGCACCUUGUAAUAUUCUGAUUAUAUAUAAGAAACAUGGGUGUGUUGAAAGUCCAACUUUAUUUUUAAAAUGUAUUCACUGAUUCAUAUAUACACAUGUACACUGAUUGCAAAACCACCUUUCACCAACAUUACCAAGUUAAACAUGAUAUGCCAUGGCAAAAGUAAAUAAUGAUUGUCCUUUUGUAGAACUUGAUAUUUUGCGAUGUUCAGUUCGAGAAGCUGAAAAUUAGUUACAAAACGGAAACAUUCGGCUGUAUAUUCACUGAUAUUGAGGCCUAGAUCACUAAAAAUGAUUGUUUCCUUAAUAGUUAGAGUUGUGCAUUCGUUUUACAUCUCACUUAGGAAUUAAACUGUAAAAAAUGGUUGCUUUCCGUAACCAAAUUGCCAUCGCUUUAAUUUCAAACACACGGAGCCUUGAGUUUGAACAAGCUUCUAUUUUGUACCAGUACAAAUCUAUUCUAUAUUCUCUAUAAGUGAGAAAUAAUUUUGAAUUCAUAUAUAUAUAUACUGUGUAUAUGUAAUAGGAAAGAUGAACAGUUCGAUUCUUUUUCGCAAUACAGAGAGCCAGGGUGAAAGUCACAAAGUGACAGCAUAAGUGAACCAAUUGAGAGGCGUACACGUGUACUGUAUACUUCACAGAUAGUAUGAUAUAUAAAAUGAUUAUAAAUUAAUGAGGACCAGCCACUGUACAAAAGUUGACAAAGGAUGUUAAAACUAAACUGAAAAGUCCCGGAAACGCAGUGUUACCUAUUUUUUUUUUUAGAAUGAACUAUGAUAAACAUCAUAAUGAAAAUUCCAUAAUUAUCAAACAUUAUUAUUGUGCUACUUGUGCAGCUUUAAAGAUUGCGAAAAAAGACAAGUUUAACAAAAAAGAUGCUGAUUCUACUAUUGUAGAUAAAAUACCUAGUACAGGAUUGACUGCUAAAAAUAAUACUAAAAUAUAAAUAAUGAAAUUAUUCAUGAAAACUACUAUCACCGGAAAUAUGUUGAUGAGGCAACAUGCCAUCUUAUAUUAUACACAUUUAAUAAAGCAUAGAACUUUAAAAUAACCAUCACAGUUUUUCUAUGUAAAAUCCAUAGAUAAUCAAUUGAAUACCAUUAAUUGGAAUGUUUUAAAAUAUCAGAGUUUCAUCAAAAGUAUAGUCUCAUAGAUAAAAAACGAAUAUAAACAAGGCAUGUUAAUAAAAGCUUGACGUGUGUUAUGGCAUAAAGGCAUAAGGUGUGUUUAUGCUUAUAACAGUUAAAACCGAAGCGGAUGCCUUUAAUAUAUUCACUUAAGUUUAUAAAACCCAUAUGAUGCCGUGUAACAUACAAUCUAUGAGACACCUAAUGUACCAUCUAACAUAGAUAGCAAACACUAUUAAUU